UCCGCUGCACCACGCUGCCUGCCCUGCGAGGACCCGCUCAUGCACCGCUCUGGGAUACCAGAUGGGAAACCACCGGCAUGCCGCUUUUCAUGAACGCCUCCCUCACUGAAAGCGUGAGCCAUAGGUAACAAAGAGCUCGGAGGCAGCAUCCAUCCAUCCAUCCAUCCAUCCAUCCAUCCAUCCAUCCAUCCACCCAUCCAUCCAUCCAUCGGUCGGUCGGCUGUGACUCAUUGCGCACAGCCAGUCAGUCAGAGUGCUUGAAUUUCUCACUUGACUGAGGAGGAUCGAUACCUCUUAAGACUCAUUCUGGUGGAAGGCGGGGCUUGGUGUCACCGACAUAGGGUUGAAUUUUCCAUAUUCAUUUCUAGGAUUUAGUCUGAUCUCACAAACACGGACGCGCAAAAACGGCGCCCUCCAGCACGGGACAUCACGGGGACUGCAUAAAGUGGCCGAUUGCGCAUCUGUCUCUGUCUUUGGAUUGUGGCAAUAUUUAAAGACUGAAACACGGAAUCCGACAUGGGUACCAACCCAAAAAGGACAGUGACGGUCCAGAUGGUGCCUCAUCUGGCUGAGGUGGAUUCACAGGGAAAUAAAGAGUCUAAUGCCAACUGGAGCAAAGAUCCCCACCUCAAACUUUCUCAGGUUUGUCCAAAAGCCACACUCACAGCUCCUGACCAGCAGGAUAACCUUUCUCUAAUGACUGUUCCCACCGACCUCAUCCCACAUGUUCCAACAACAGCUUCCGAGGGAGGUGAGCUAGUCAACAGCACUGUGACAGACAAACCAGCACCCGGCAGUGGAAACCAGACAGAGUGUGAGGCUGUGACAGGUGGAGAGCAGCACCUGCCAAAAUUGUCACCAACAGGCCAGUGUGUGGAUGAGGCAGGAGGCGAGUUGAGGGAUUCUAAUGCCAACAUUCAAAAGUUGAGCCCGGCUGGUGGAAAGGAUGUGUGUCCGGCCGGUUUAUCAUCUGCUGUAACUGCAGCCUCAAAAGUCGACACGCAUAACAAUGACUGCAGAGUUAAAGAGCCGAACACAGCAGUGGGGCAGCAAGCGAAGCCGGCGUCCUCGACCAGAGAUGCAGCGCCAGAGAGCCGUGGGAAAAAAGUUACUUCAGAUGACAAAAAUCUUAACAUCGUCAGUGAGUUUAAUAAAGAAGCAUCUGGUUAUCAAAAGGAAAUUAUGGGGGUUGUGUCAAUUCCAAGCACGGAUGCACCUACGCCACAGAAAACCGAAGCAUCAGAUCACUUACAAAGGUGUUCACCGAGCUCUGUUCAUGUAGCGACGAAUCACAAACAGAAACAGGAGCCUUUAACUCCCCUUUCUUCCACGACACCAUUAAAUGAGGGUGAAGUAACAGAAGGGAUGUCCCCGAACGAGACUACAAGUUCAGCGCAUCUAGAGAAGGAUUCUCCAACACAAAAAGGACCACAAGACUCCCAAGAUAAAAAUCCGCCUGUGCCCUCACAGAAGGACCCCUCCACUCUGCUGCCGGUGACACAAAACAUGCAAGCGUGUGGGCAGGUGGCUGAGGCAACCUGCCAGACUGUCACAGCUGUCUCUGUGCGAGAGCAGGAAUGCAAGCGUUACAGGGAGGCUUCAACUAUGACCUCGUCCCUAUCGCCGGCCCCGGCCAAGAAGUGUCAUGACAUGGAGGUUCAGGCUGUGGCGAACACAACCAGUAAGGCCGUGGCUACAAGUCCAAGCCUGCUGCCCUGCGAUGCGAUCCGCAGGCCUAGCGCUGGCGCGGUCCACUGGGACGAGCCGCAGAGUUUGGCCGUGGUCUACCAGGUUAACGACGGCGUGGGUCUCCACCAGAUCUACACAACACCCAUAUCCAGCUCCACUGAUCAGACGUCAGAGAGACUCACUGUCGAGGCAGAGAUGUGCCCUAGUCAAAGUACUGGUUUCCAGCAGCCUGACUCAAGUCUGGGAGCCAAACCGAAAGAAACGGGCUCGGUUCUGUGCAACAUUCAGCCGGUCUAUCAAAUCAACAUUGAACACAACAGUCAGAAGAAGCCGGGCGAGACAGGUGACCCGCAACAUAAAAGUGCUGAAGCUCCUUCUCUCAAAGCGGGGACACCCCUGGGGACGGCCGCUGUUUCCAAAUCUGGAUUUGCUGACGGUAGCAACGCUGCGCUGUCUCAGGCUGUUGUUACGACCAAGACCGAGCAGGCCCUGAUCACAGUAACCACAACAGCAGCAGCAGCACACCUCACAACCAAGUCAGAUCAUACUAAAAAUAAGACUUCGAGGGUGACGAAUUCUGGCCAGCAGAAGAAAGGGCCCCAGAGAAACGACAAGAAGGAGGACCAGUCAGGGAAGCAGAAAGGAAAAAGCGUCCAUGAUGUCCUCUGGGAUGAACAGGGGAUGACUUGGGAGGUUUACGGGGCUUCAGUGGACCCAGAAUCCCUUGGUUUUGCCAUUCAGAGUCACUUGCAGUGUAAAAUCAGGGAGCAAGAGAAGAAACUGAUAGCCCAGACCUCCUUCCGUAAGUCAAUCUCGGCUGUUGAUUCGCCGCAACUUGGUAAAAAGAACAAAAGGAGGCAGCAGAACAUUUUCAGGUCAAUGCUGCAAAAUGUCAGACGGCCCAACUGCUGCGUGCGUCCCCCUCCCUCCUCUGUUCUGGAGUAGCACAGAACGGAGGUCGCCAGUGGCAGACUCCUCCCUUUCCCUAGAGGUCACCGUGUUUGUCCUCCCUUCGUCACGAUUGCAAUGCCAAGUGAAACAACGGGGCACCGAUCCCCGUGAGUACGUAUACUGGAAUGUUGUAGCAUAAAGAGUCAAAAUAUUUGUGGUGUCUGUGAUCAAGCAAGAUAGGAUAUAAAAGCAUAAAAUGGACAUUUAUAGACCUAUUUUAUAGAAAUAGAUGUUAUCAAAAGAGAGAAAGGAGAUUUUAACAAAGGCAAUAAUAAAAGGCAUGCAUCCUAGAUUCAAUGGCAGUUGUAUGACUUAAAGUCCAGAUUUGACCAUAAAUCACUAAUCAUGAGGUAAACAAAUCAUCUUAUCAUUUGUGCAAAUAUAUAUCAGCCAACAUCUCAUUAUAUUUGGUGCAUUUUGCAUAUGUUUUUGAGGUGUUUUGAGACCCUAAAUUUCUAAACUGGCUGUAUUUUUUUCAUGCAUUCAUUUGUUCUUGGCGUGUAAAAUAAGGGAACUGUAUGCAUACGUAAAUGGGCUGUCCAAUUGCUGUUAUUCUCUGGUUUUUC